AUGGUCGAACUACGACGAGAGGACCAACGCGCAUUCAUCAACUUCAUGAGAAUGCCACCCGAGAUGUUUGAUGAGAUUUUCGCACGAGUAGGCCCAAGGAUAACGAAACAGCGCAACAACUACAGACUUCCAAUUGAACCAGGGAUGAAGCUAGCAAUUGCGAUGCGGCAUCUUGUUUCUGGUUCAAAGUACCGUGGUAUGCGAUUCGGCUGGAGGGUACCCCACAACACUAUUUCUCUUCUCGUGCCAGAAGUUUUUAGAGCAGUCAUAGAUGAGUAUGCUGACAAGGUGAUGCCGUUGCCAACAACAGCUUCCGAUUGGACGCGAAUAGCUGACGGCUUCAUGGACAGAUGGAAUUUCCCCCAUACGCUUGGUGCUAGUGAUUGCAAACAUAUUGCCUGCAAAUUUCCACCAAGAUCCGGGUCUACGUAUUUUAACUACAAGAAGUACUUCUCCGUUGUCCUGCUAGCUCUGGUGGAUUCUGACUACAAUUUCGUCUGGGCUGACAUUGGAGGCCGUGGUGCUGCAUCCGAUGCACAGAUGUGGAACGAGUCAGACCUGAAGGCAGCAGCUGAGAACGGAGACCUUGACCUGCCAGAACCUGAAGCUUUGUCACAUGAUUCUUAG